AUGAAACAUGAAGAGAAUGCACAUACGAAUUUAGAUUCCAUUCAUCGAUUAAUUGAGGAAGCACAAAUCUUCCAGAUGCAACAGUCAUCACUGAAAUCACCUUGUGACUCAGUAGUGCCUGCCUCACCCCCCAGGGAGACCUGCCACUCCUAUUUGCCACUUUAUGGACUACAGUCUCAUGCCACCCAAAAUGUCUGUACACACUCACACAACACCAAUGAAUGGGACAUUAGCGAAGAGCUUCGUCUGCGGGAACUUGAAGAAGUCAAGGCCAGAGCUGCUCAGAUGGAAAAGACCAUGCGGUGGUGGUCAGACUGCACUGCCAACUGGAGAGAAAAAUGGAGUAAAGUUCGAGCGGAAAGGAACAGCGCCAGGGAGGAAGGAAGACAGCUUAGAAUAAAGUUAGAGAUGACAAUGAAAGAAUUAAGUGCACUGAAAAAGAAACAAAGAUUGCCCCAUGAGAAAGAGGCAUUAGAAGUUAAAGUUACCCAGGACCUGAAGUGUCCUUGUUUCUUAGAAGCCCAUGCACAUGAAGAACAAUUUCAAGUUGGUUCGCAAACAAGACAGUGUUUGGUAAAAAAUCAGUUUUCUACAAAGGAGAGCACAAAUAGUAAGGAAGAAGGUGUGACUAUUGAUGCAUUAAGAUUAAAUGAGAAUAUGAAGCUCAGUAUUGAUUUUUCUGAUUUAUUCAAUAAUGGUAGUUCUGGAAACUCUGCAACAAAGGCUGAACUAAGAUUGCAUGUGAUAAAUCUGCCUUUGGAGAGUGAAGUACUUGAAACAUCAGCUUUGCAGGUGCCUUCAGAUGAGUUCAAAAAAAUCUUAUUGAAGGAAAGAGAAAUGCGCUCAUCUUUGGAAAAAGAAAUAGAACAAUUGGAAUCAGCUUUGUCUUUAUGGAAAUGGAAGUAUGAAGAACUGAGAGAAUCGCAGCCAAAAACUCCAAAAGAGGGGUUAAUGCCAAGCUGUCUAAUUCACAUAAAAGUGGGAGAAACUUGCAUGAAGAGACUUUCAGUGAACUUCAUGCUAUUAUCUCCUGUUUUCACUCCUACCUUCCAUGGUACCCUUUCCAUAGUACCAACUCUGAACAUGGGGCCUCUCUUUGGAGAUGUAAAAGAAGGAUCAGAAUCUCAAAAUAGCAAGGAUAAAGAGAUCCAUGAGCUAAGAACAGAGCCAGAGAGAUUGCAUGCUGAAAAUACCUUGGAGUGGGACCAGAGGGAAAUACUUGAAACAGAAAAACAAAGACUGGAGAGAGAAAAUAAAAGGCUAAAGGUCCAGGUGAGAGAACUGGAAGAUCUGUUGGACAGGAGAAAUAAAUUAAGUGCAAACUGUCAAGGUCCUGAUUUCAAUACAUCAGAAAUUGAACUGCAGGAGAAAUCCAAG